UCCUAGCACCUCCUUCUGCCAAUUAUACGGCGAGCACGGCCUUGGCGACGGUUUUAAAAUGUUUUCUUCAUUUGUGCUACACGUCUCUACACAGGUCGGUCUGCUCGCCCAUUUCUUAUCCUCCCCACUCGGUUGACUACGCGGACGACGGUUCUUCUGCAUCUCCAAGGCGAUCCAGACAGUCCCUUACUAAUCCACUAGAGCACACUUCAACAAGGACUUGGAUGUUGUGACUUGUGACUGACGCAUUAAUAUUUCCUCCAGUGGUUAGGUUCGGUGAAAUCGACUUGAAUCACCAUGUACUUGAAGUUCCGCUAAUGACGCCGAUCAUACAAUUACUCACCUCGCUGGUUUCGUUAUGGAUCGGGAUGGUCGCCGCUUCUUCGACACGGAAUUCACUUCACAAUGAUGAAAUUUCAGCCGCUGUCGUCGAGUCCAUCCCUUCACCGAUGCCCAGUUUGUACACGCGAACGCAACUUGUGCUAGGUCCAGCAUUGAACGUCACUGUUCGUGAAGGGGAUAAAGCUGUGAUGCCUUGCAUUGCCCCACAUUUAGGAGAUAAAACAGUUUCGUGGAUAAGACAAAAAGAUUUGGCCAUUCUCAUUUCCGGUGAUCACGUUUACACAAGCGACACGAGAGUGGCAUCUCUCCAUCCUUCGUCUUCGGCCCUAUGGGGAUUGCAAAUUUCACCUGUCCGAUCUUCCGAUGAGGGUUUCUAUCAAUGCCAAGUGAACACAGAGCCAAAACAGAGUCACACGGUUGUUCUUGUAGUUUUGGAACAAGAUUUGAAAGACUCGCCGAGUGUACCUUCAUUACCAGUGUCGACAUCUGCAAGUACUGGAAGGAUACCCAAAAUGUCACUGAAGAUUGCUGGCAACAGUCAAGAACGGACGGCCAUCGAAGGAAGUAAUCUGGUUUUAACAUGUUCAGUCAUCCUCCAUGAUGAUGGGCUACAUGGAAAGAAUAUUGAUCUGACUUGGUGGCGCGGAAACUUGAAAUUUAACUCCAAAACCGCUGGAUCACAAGUCAUCAGCAGUCAAGCUGAGGGAACAACAGAGAUCAAAGCAGAACUGAAUAUUGGUUUUGUGAAGCUUUCUGAUGCAGGGACAUAUUACUGCAGAGCUGAGCCGAAAAAUUUCCAGCAUGAGACAAUCAAAACAUAUUUCCUAAAAGAGUCUUUUGUAACAUUAAAUGUAGUUAGAAAACACACAGAAAACAUUGCUUACCUCUCUAUGCCACCGUCUGUAAACCUAAUAUUAAUUGCAUGCUGUACUGUUAUGUUUUUGUAAAUAAAUUGGUUUAUUUCUGUUUAAAUUGUGUACUACUCCAAACAUUUUUAAUGACUUAAUACAUGUCUGCCUUUAAG